GUGCGGAAAAGUUGGGUAAGACUAAUUUGGACACAAGUUUAUUUAAUUCCUAAAAAUUAAUUAGGAAACCGGAAAUAAUGUUUUACUUUACUCCUGUGUGAACAAGAUCAAUUGAACACCAUUUUAAUAAAAUGGACGAAAAUGCAAAGAUCAUCUGCAUCUUUAAACGUGAAGAUAAAAAAUCUUGGAUAAAAAACUCCCUGACCAUAAGGAUCUCUACAACAGAUGUCACGAUUGGUCAGUCCAUCGAGGAGUUCCGUCUUAUAUAAUCUGUCACACUCUGUUAGUUCAAAAAACAAAACAAGUUUUCUCUCUAGUCAAAUGUAUGUAAAUUAAUAAAAUACUCUAAAAGGGUUUACGAUAAUAAAUUUUUAACAUAUAUUUAAAUUGAAAAAUGUUUCAAUGUGCGAUUAAAAAUGUUUCUGCUGUCAGGCAUAUGAUAUGGAUAUCGAAGUUGAAAAUGUAUGUAUGGCUGAUGUUUGUGAUGGCGACGCUCUAUUCUGUAAUCUUCGUCAUCCCAGUUCGAAACUUUGUGUUUGGCAAAGUGUUUUUUUCUGCCUGGAAAAAAUUGCCUACUGUUGACUUAGUAAGGAUACAUCUUGCUGGAGAAAAUAUACCAGAGGGAAUGUUCACAAACAUGACAUGUUUGAAUAUAAACAAGCCGAAAAUAACGAAACAAGAUAUCAACACCUCAGCUAUACUGACCUAUUCUUACCUCAGGAACAACGAAUCUCAAAUCAGGUCAUUAAAGAAAGGUCAUGGCCGUUACUUACCUGCGCUAAACCUGAGCCAAAAAGUGGACAACUUGUACCUGUAUAAGGUGGCAGCAAAGGCUCUGGACCAGGUCGGUGUCGGACAUUUUCUCAUCGACGGGUCACUGCUGGGUGUCAAGAGACACGGGGGGUUCAUCCCCUGGGACGAUGACCUUGACAUUGGUGUGGCCAGCGUCCACUGGGAGCUAGUCAAACAAACGUUGUCGUGUAUCGAAGGUUUCCGGAUCUGGCAGAAGCGUAGCUUCCACUGGAAGUUUCUCUACACCAACCUGUCUUACCCCUUUAUGGAUAUCUUCUUCUACAGUAUGGACGAGACUUACAUAUGGGCAGACAACCCCGUGUCUCGAAACACUUUCAUCCACCCGAAAAACUUAUUUUUCCCUCUAACCGAGGACGUGUUUGAGGGUGUCAGGGUGCCUGUACCACGUGACAGCCUGGCCGUGGCCAGAAGGUCUUAUGAGUACGAGAUUUGCGCUGCGUACGAUGGUCAUAUCUAUAGGGACAAGAUCUCUGCUGGUCAGUUUCCUGACGGCUACGCUGUGGAAGAGAUUCCUUGCAGGGAUGAAAAAUUGGUGCUUUGA